AUGAGAAUCCUCGGAAUAAAGAACGCGAAAAUCGAUGACACCACCUUAGACGUGCAUUUUGAAAAUGAUAUGGUUGUAUGUUUUGAAGAUUGCUGGCUAAGAGACCAUUGCAGAUGCUCCAAAUGCUUCGUCACGAAUACAAAUCUAAGAGCGAACCAUCUGAUAGAACUACCAGAUGUUACAAUGAAAAGCGUAAUUGUCAAUGGGUCCGAACUACAAGUAACUUGGUCUGAUGAGCACGAAUCUACCUACGAUGCAGAAUUUUUGGCUGAAUUCGAAAUGAAGGCCUGGGUGGACCGUCGAAGGAUCAACCACAUCAUAUGGCGCGGAGAUGAAAUUUCUCACAAAGUUGCCAGAAUCCCGGUUGACAAAUUCCUCAAAACAAAACAAGGAGCAAAAGCGAUUUUUCAAUCAAUUCUGGACUACGGAGUGGCUUUUAUUGAGGAAGUGGAACCAACUUUGGACGGAACAGCAGUAGUAGCGGAGGCUCUUGGUGGAAUCCAGCAAACUUUAUUCGGUGGUAUGUGGGACAUCAAAGUAGACGAAUCACUUAACGACACGGCCUUCAUGAGUAUCCCUCUACCGCAGCACACAGAUCUAUCUUCCUUCACGGAUCCCGCUGGCUUGCAACUCCUUCAUUCCCUGGAGCACACAAAUGGUGAAGGUGGUGAGACUGUUCUGGUAGACGGGUUCUACGCUGCGGCGAAGUUAAAGGAGGAGCAUCCAAGAGACUAUGACUUCCUAACAAAGUUCCCAGUGGAGGCCGAAUACAAAUUCAACGGACAUUCAUUUAGACACGCUGCGCCGGCGAUUGAGCUUGAUAUGAUCACGAAUGACGUCAGACAAAUUAGAUUCAACUCAUAUGAUAGGUCACCAAUGGCGUUCACAAAUGGUGACGAUUGCAGAACAUAUUACCGCUCCUUGAAACACUUCGCUUCAUCCAUCGAGAACAAGAAGAACCACUGGCAGUUCAAAUUGAAACCUGGCGUUGUUAUGGUGUUCGACAACUUCAGGCUGUUGCAUGGCAGGACGGGUUUCACCGGUAGGAGAGUCCUUGGUGGAACUUACGUAUCCAGAACCAACUGGAUGGACAAGGCCCGUGUUCUCGAACUUAUUCACUAA